GUUUCAGUAGCAAUAGACGGCAUCGCAUUCACUCUCUCCGAAAAUGUACACUUUGAAAGCUAUUAUCCUGUUCGUUGUUCUCUGUUUAUCUGUGAAAAAAUCUAAAGGUAAAUCUAUACCUUCAUGCAAAUACCCAACUUCGCAGUGGUGUGACACCAACGAUAUUGCAGCCAAAUGCGGGGUACUAGAGCAUUGUGUCUUGGCCAAUGUUACCAAAUCAAAUGGCAUGUCGGUGAACGUGAGCCUAUACUAUGAGUCUCUAUGUCCUGGUUGCCGACUCUUUCUAACAACGCAGCUCAUGCCAACAUUCAUUAUGUUGGAAGACAUUAUGAAUGUCGAGUUAGUACCAUAUGGAAACGCCCAGGAGCAGCUAACUGAAAAGAAGUACGUUUUCAUCUGUCAGCACGGGGAGGAUGAGUGUCUGGGUAACAUGAUUGAGACGUGUAUGCUGAAUAAAAUGGGGGCAGCCGCAUACAGAGUGAUUGAUUGCAUGGAGUCAGCUGCACAUGUGCUGAAUGCAGCAAAGCCUUGUGCUGAGCUUUUCAGUCCAAACACUUCCUGGGAUACUGUCAUGGACUGUGUGAAGGGAGACCUUGGAAACCAGUUAAUGCAUGAAAAUGCUUUAAAGACUGAAGCCCUGAAACCACCUCAUCAGUAUGUGCCUUGGGUGACCAUCAAUGGUGAGCACACUGAAGAGCUGCAGGUUAAAGCAAUGAAUUCCCUCUUUAAUUUGGUUUGCAGCUUGUAUCAGGGUAAAAAACCAAUUGCAUGCACUGUUGGAUUGAAGGGGAGAAGAGGAAAUUACUGCUAAUUCAACAUAUCUCUCAGCACUGCUUCAUCUUUUUAAAAGAAAAUAAUUAUUAAAUUCAAAUCAUGAUUUUUAAUAUGUCUACUUUCUUCUACUGGUGUUAAGAGAAAUAUGAAGGUAUGAAACACUUUGACAUUUUAUGAUUCUACUUUUAAUAAAACAAUAAAACCCUAGAA